UAAAGAUGUAUUAGGAAAAGCUAUUGUAUAAUAAUUUAUUACAAACAAAUAUUAAACAAUUAGUAAAUUGUAAACACAAUGGAAUCUUAUGAACGGAUUCGUGAAACAAAUUUAUAUCAAGCUUUUCGUUCAGAAGGCUUUCCGACCACUUAUGGCUCCCACAAAACUCCGGCUUCCGUUGAUAUUGAAGUGUAUUCUCUUAUAUUUGCAUUUAUUUCAAUUAUUAUAUCAAUAGUUGUUAUAUUACCCGGAUUUCGAGGCAAAGAGCGAUUAUUUAUUUCUGUUCGAUGUUUUGCCAGCCUUUUCAUCGGAAUAUCAAUAUUUCUCUGUAACUUUGAGAAUGAAUGGGAAAGACAUUCUGUGGACGCUAUGGUUCAAUACAAGGCCGGGACCGGCGCUCAUAUAAACGCAUCCAUUGGUCUCAAUAUCGGACUUCGAGGCAUUAAUAUUACACUUAAAGGCAUUCCCGAGAAACAGUUGGGAGAGACCAUCGAUUAUAACGAGCGGUUCUCAUGGGAAUGGAAUCAGGGAAGGGUUGGCUUCGGUCCACAAGCGGGACAAUUUCACAAACAAUAUCGGUAUUCGCAAUACAAAGGACUUCCUAAUGCUAUCCUAUGGGUCGCCGAAUAUUUUACGUUUGAUGGCGAAGGGAUCCGUUGGGGCCGUAACUAUCGGUUGAGUGGUUGGCUUUCGGUUCCGCUAUUCUUAUUGGCAAACAUAUUGUUUCAAAUGGUUAUACAAUACGGCGCUCUAUUCCUACUGAUGACCGGUUUCUCUCUAAUAAGCGCUAAUAUUCUGUAUUCACUGCUUAGAAACCCAAUACCAUUAAGAAUUCCGUUUGAAGAAUUCACUGGACGUACUGUAUAUCUGGAGCCACAAUUUCCCGACGAAACGGCAGAAUUCUUUGGUAUAGAUGUCCUUCAAAGCUAUGAAGACUAUUUUGCCGACAUUAAAGAAGUCAUAAGAACUAAACCCAAUCAUCAAAAUAAAGACAGCAAAGACACAAAUGAGCAACACAUUAGUCGAGUUUACGCCGGUUUACGAAAGAAAAAUCUGUCCAAUCGUUUCUCUCGACUACAAAAAUCAUGGGUUAGAAAGAAACCGAUAACUAAUCCCAGAAAUAUUGGCGUCAAUUCUCGCGACAAUAAAUCCGAGUCAAUCGAUGAAACCCCUCUUUACGAGAAUUUCCAACACUUCGAGCCUAUCAUUGAGACCGAAGAAAAUCAGUUAUAA